AUGUCGUCCUGCAACUCGAGUUCCAAUCCUGGCCGUCGACGAUCGACCCUUCGCUCCAGGGUGCGGCCGCUCACUUCGGCUGGCGAACACUUCGGCCAUGAAGGCGGACGAGUCCAUACUGGUAUAUGGGUCCCGCAUCAAGAUGGAACGUACAGAGAAGCGGUCUCGCCCUUCUCCCAUGAGCAGCACGCAGCCACGCAGACUGUCGACAUGCCGCCGUUGCCCAGCGCCGUCAUCGAGACCGACGAGCCCGUCCGUACGGCGGCCUCUCCACGGUCGAAGCAUCGCCAUAGCAAGAGUUUCUCCAGCAUUCUCCAUGGCGCCAACGAGCUCAAGACAAUCACACGGUCUCUGUCGAUAAGCAUUCGAAACAAGGGGAAGCGUGCGGCGCACGUACCUGGAGAACUGUCGACUUUGGAACAUCAGGGACACGACGAGUCCAAGGCAGGCUGGUUUCGAAGCCAUAGGCUGCCACGCCGGCGGUCUCUCGGCGGCAUGAGCAACCUGAAUCGAUUCUAUCCGCCGGUGUCGAGCCCGCCGAUACCGUCAAACUUCAAGGAACUCGCAGACGCACAGAACGAGGUGUUUGGCGGUGCAGCUGCCCGUGCGGCGGCGGCUGCUGCUACUGCUGCGGCGCAAAACGAGCUUGCAAGGGCAGAGAAAUUUGCACCAAAUAAGGCAGAUGACGAAGGGAUGGAGAUUUUUGAGCUCUCCAACAGGCUUGACGUCUCGCUUUCGUUGGACUCGGAGAGCGGAAUCGGUAUCAACAUUCGAGACACCGACGACAACUCAAAAGAUCUGGAUUGCAUUCGCAAAGACCCUGUUUCAUUGCCUGCAGAACUCAUGGCGCAUAUAUUAUCCUUCCUCGAUGCUGAUUCACUAAAGAAUUGUGAGCUAGUCUCGCACGCAUGGAACCUGCAUGCGUCCUCUAGCAAUGUUUGGAGGGAGGUCUUCUACCGUGAAUACCGUGCUGGCCGAAAUGUCACCAGGACCCCCGGUAGCCCAACAAGGGCGAUGGGCUUAGGACGAAAGAAGCCCGACCAGGACUGGAAGAAGGUGUACAAAGUCCGACACACCUUGGAGAACCGCUGGAAGUCUGGAAAGGCUGCUGCAAUUUACUUGCAUGGUCACCAAGACAGCGUGUACUGUGUUCAGUUUGAUGAGAACAAAAUUAUAACUGGCUCUCGUGAUCGUACCAUCCGUGUAUGGGACGCACACUACCCGUGGCCGUGUUUGAAAGUCAUCGGUGCGCAUCAGGCUACAUCCGACAGUGCCGUGCCUGUCACACCAUGGCCCAUCACUCCGCCAGCAGAUUCGACCGGCAGCUCCCCGUUCAUCAGCAUAUGCCCACCCGUAGCCUCCACAGCUGAUCUCGUCUCACAGCACCAGCAGACUGGAGAAUACCACAAUGCUUCAAUCCUCUGUCUCCAGUUUGACGAGAAGAUCAUGGUGACUGGCUCUUCUGACGCUACCUGCAUUGUCUGGGAUAUGCAAGAUGAUUAUCGCCCAAUUCGCCGCAUGAAGUGGCAUCAGGCCGGUGUCCUCGACGUCUGCUUCGACGACAAACACAUCGUCUCUUGCUCCAAGGACACCACCAUCUGCGUCUGGGACCGUGAGACAGGCCAGCUAAUCAAGCGUCUUCUCGGCCACCGCGGCCCCGUCAACGCAGUUCAACUCCGCGGCGAUCUAGUCGUUUCCGCCAGCGGCGACGGUAUCGCAAAAUUAUGGAACAUCACAUCCGGUCUCUGCAUUAAAGAAUUCGCCAGCAAAGACCGAGGGCUAGCAUGCGUUGAAUUCAGUGAGGAUGCACGCACCAUCCUCGCCGGCGGGAAUGAUCAGGUUAUAUACCAAUUUGACGCUAAUACCGGAGAGCUGGUCAAGGAAUUAGAAGGCCACUCCGGCCUAGUCAGAUCUCUGCACAUGGACAACGCCAACGGCCGUGUUGUCAGCGGCAGCUACGACAUGAGCGUCAAGGUAUUUGACGCUAAGGCCGGAAAACUCAGCAUCGAUCUCCCAGGCUGGACCACGAGCUGGAUGCUGAGUGCCAAAUCAGAUUAUAGAAGAAUAGUUGCAACCAGUCAAGAUGCUAGGGCUGUGAUUAUGGAUUUCGGUUAUGGUUUAGACGGAAUAGACUCGCUCGAGGGCUGA